AUGGCUGACAUCCAACGCACCACCGGGCGAGCGCUGGUGUCUUAUGGUCCGUACAACGAUGGAGGCUGGAAGCUCCGCAACGUUGCUCUGCGACCCAUCCGCGACCACGAGCUACUGAUCGAGAUCAUUGCCUCGGGCAUCUGUCAGACUGACCUGCAUUUCGCCGGGUUGGAAAGUGGCCAUGGCGUGCAUUAUCCGCGGGUGAUGGGUCACGAAGGAGCGGGAUACGUUCGACAGGUAGGACCCGGGGUCUCCACCGCGCGCGUCGGCGACCCAGUCCUCAUGUCCUUCUCCUCCUGCCAGACGUGCCGCUGCUGUCGCCGCGGCCACCCGGCCCAUUGCCAGAAUUUCGACCCCAUAAACUUCGAGUCAACGUCCACGGACCGCGUGUUCUGGGAGGAAGAAGCAGCAACACCACACACCAGCGAACCAGAAAUCUUCGGCCGAUUCUUCGGACAAUCGAGUUUCGCCAGCUGGACGAUCGUGCAGGAGUCCGCGGUGAUCAAUGUGGCGGGCAUGGUCGAGAAGAAGGAAGAGCUGCAGCUGCUGGCCCCAUUGGGUUGCGGGAUCCAGACCGGAACAGGAGCGGUUCUCAAUGCGGCGGGCGCACGGCGAGAGGAUACGAUAGCGGUGCUUGGGCUGGGAGGGGUGGGCUUGAGCGCCGUGAUGGGCGCGCGCAUCGCGGGGUGUCAGACGAUCAUCGGGAUCGCACGCAACGGGGCCCGCCUCAAGCUGGCCCUCGAGCUGGGAGCAACGCAUGUGGUUCGGAUCGACCCCGAUGCGGAUCUCAGCCUCGUCACACAGGCGGUUCGUGCGCUCACCGGUGGCACGGGAGUCGAUGUCACCCUGGAGACUACCGGGGUGCCGGAGCUUGUGGCCGAGGCGGUGCGCAUGACGGCUAACAAGGGCAAGAUCGUGCAGCUGGGGGCGACGCCUGAGACGGCGACGCUCAAUCUCCCCAUUCAUGAGUUUAUGGUGGCAGGAAAGGUGUUCAUGGGUGUCGUGGAGGGAGAUGUGGUGCACCGGGAGUUCGUACCGAAGAUGAUCGAGUGGGUGAAGUCGGGUCUGUUACCCAUGCACAAGAUUGUUGGAUUUUAUCCAGCGGAGAAUUUUGAUGAGGCGGUCCGCAAUAUGAAGAGUGGAAGGACAAUCAAGCCGAUUCUUCUGUGGUAG